AUGACUACACGACCAUUACUAACUCGCCCUUCCAGCGAUACGCCAUGGAUUAUCCCCAAACAACAUCGGCUCUCCCAACGAAAAUGGCGACCACUGCUAACUUUAAUUUUACUUGCUUGCUCCACCGUUGUCAUCCUACGAGUCGGCCUUCCUGCUGGCUUACCUUCAACCACAUCUACCACCUCGCACUCUCCUCCGACAUCUUCACCGCAUCCUUCAACACUUACAUUUUCGACACAUCCUAUCACUCGCAUGAUGGCAGAGGCCGAAAGACGAUUUCAAGCAAAAGUGAACAAGCAAUCAAAGACUCUGCCUGAGGCGAUCAAGGAAUACAAACGUCGUUAUGGAAUGUCUCCGCCCAUAGGUUUUGAUGACUGGUGGGAAUUCGCCAGCAAGAAUGAUGUUAUCUUGGUGGAUGAGUUCGACACUCUCAUGCGGGACCUGGCGCCAUUUUAUGCCCUACGAGGACAGAAGGAAAUGGGCGAUUAUGCUGACACUGAUGAAGAUCCUGCUCGUCUUGGAUCGGGCCUGGACCGAUACGGUUGGGCACUAGGCGGUGGCUCCGAGAUGCGGCGACGUAUCGUUGAAGUUGCAAGUGUUGCUUCUAUCGACAUGGUCCGAAUCCGUAACGGCACACUCUCCACCGUAUCGAUCAGUAAAGACGGAUUUGUCGAUGACGAAGUAUCUGCCCGUGCCAAGGGGCUGAAGAGCAUGCUUGGAGUUUCCGCUCCGCAGCUUCCUGAUAUCGAUUUCCCUGUUAAUGCUAAGGCGGAAGGCAGGGUUAUCGUUCCAUGGGAUCGAUGGGAGGUUGCUGGUCAGAAUGGCAUGAAUGGCGACAAAAUUGGACGUGGGAUGGGCAACAGAUCGUACAUGGAAGACACUGCGCCUCAUGAUACGAAAGACACCUUACAUCCUCUUGCUACUUUUCACCCGGAUUGGAGAGGAGUUGGGAACGUUUGGGACAAAUGGCGUCGUACUUGUCCUCCCAACUCAACGGCACGGAAAUCGUAUACUAGCCUCCGGAGUGCGCUGAUCGAUAGUAUGUCGUUGUCACAUAUUGCUGCCUCCGAGAAAUCUGGUGAUUCAUCCGCUUCUUCGUCGUUUUCAUUCGCUCCAUCGAAUUCUUUCGACUCUGUAUCAUUCUGCGACCAGCCCCAUCUUCAUUAUACGCAGGGUCACUUCUUUAGUGACUGGCGUACGCUAGACGAUCUUUAUCCCGUCCUCAGUCCUGCCAGGGCGAAAGGAUUCGGUGACAUCAAGAUCCCAUCUCAUUACUAUUAUGGCUCUACUCAAGCCUAUACUUACGGCUGGGACAAAGCCACCCAGAAAGUGCAACCCGUUGACCGUGGUGAAGUCGCUUGGGGUGAUGUUACCGACAACGAAGGUGUCGACGAUCGUGACCUCAUCAUCGACCCCGCUUACGACGGCCACAACAAUACCGCUAAUCCGCCACGCAACCGUAAAACCGGCAAAGUGAGCAAGCAAAACAAGAUUUUUUGGCGAGGAGCUACCACCGGUGGAGGUAACUCUCCCGCUGGCUUCGCUGCGCUUUACCAGCGUCAUCGGGCUGUUCGCAUGGCUAGCUGGGAUGCCGAGGGCGAUGUUGAACUUUGGAUACCUCACCCCAUUCUUCAUACCAACGCCUCCUCUCAUCCAAAGGCACUUCGUAAACCCGUCACUCUCCAUCACCUCACGGACAUAGUUGAUGCUCCGUUGACGGCACACAAGAUUCCCAUCGCUACGUUGAAUAGAGCGUUUAUGGAUGUUGCCUUUGUCAAAGCGCAGAAUGCGAAGCAGUACCCUGGUGGUCUGAAGAAGCUGACAGAGGAUCAUAGGUUUUCUAGUAGUGUGUCAUUAGGUAACCAUUGGCAGUAUAAAUACCUACUCGAUCUCGAUGGAAUGUCCUACUCCGGCCGCUUCAUGUCCUUUCUUUCCUCCGACUCCGUACCAAUCAAGAGCACUGUUUACGAAGAAUUCUUCUCCGAGUGGAUCGAGCCCUGGCUGCACUACAUCCCUCUUUCAUCCUCUUACGAAGAAAUCUACAACAUUUUCGGCUACUUUUCCGGCAUUCCCGCAGAAGUCAUGGAGCAAAUUUACGGCAACGUCGUCAAUCCUGCUACCGGUACCCCUUUCUUUCCUCCAGGCUCCAAAAUCCCUGCAAUUCCUGGUGCGCCCGAUGGUGAUGCUCGUUUGCAACGCAUAGCACAAGCAGGGAAGGAGUGGAAGAAUACAAUAGGCAGGAAGGUUGACAUGGAAUCAUAUGUCUACCGUCUAGCUCUGGAGUGGGCGAGGCUGAAUGCUGAAGAUCGGGAGAUGAUGACUAUGAAGGUAUAG